CCAUCUGGAGGGCAAUUGUGUACAAUAUACAAACUUCUCACGUGUGCAGGGGAAAAUGACUACCGAGGGUGGAAUUUUGAAAUAUGAGGGCUGUAACUUCUUUCGCCAACGCAUGGUCCUUGCAACACUUAGUGGAAAACCUAUCUGUAUCAGCAAAAUUAGGCAUAAGGAUGAUGACCCGGGACUGAAAGACUUUGAGGCUAGCUUCAUCCGCCUUCUGGAUAAGAUUACUAAUGGAUCGUAUAUUGAAGUUAACCAGACAGGAACUCAGGUACGCUACCAGCCAGGUCUUCUCGUAGGAGGCAGCAUUGAACAUGAUUGUAACAUUCAGAGGGCUUUAGGAUAUUACAUGGAAGCCUUGAUCUGUCUUGCUCCGUUCGGCAAGAAGCCGGUCAAGGCUGUCUUGAGGGGUGUGACCAACGACCAGAUUGACCCUUCGGUCGAUGUGAUCAAGGCAGUGACAUUCCCUGUCCUCAGGAAAUUUGGAAUCGAUGAAGGAUUAGAACUAAAGGUGAACAGGAGAGGGGCGCCCCCUAAUGGCGGGGGAGAGAUACUCUUCAGAUGUCCUGUCAUACGUAACCUUCGACCUCUGCAACUCACCAAGCCGGGCAAGAUCAAGAGAAUCAGAGGUGUAGCAUACGCCAUGAGAGUGUCUCCAGCCACACCCAAUAGGAUAGUAGAUGCAGCUAGGAGUAUCCUCAAUCAGUUCUUACCGGAUAUCUACAUAUACACGGACCACAUGAAGGGACCGCAGUCUGGAAAAUCUCCUGGUUUUGGGUUAUCGUUGGUCGCGGAGACGACGGAGGGAAACUUCAUCUCUGCCGAAACAGCAUCUAACAAAGCUGGUGAAGAGGCCAGCAUUCCUGAAGAUCUUGGAAAACAGACUGCUAUGUUACUCAUGGAGGAGAUAUACCGGGGUGGAUGUGUAGACUCACGACACCAGUCACUUGCAUUGUUAUUGAUGACUCUGGGUCAAGGAGACGUUUCCAAGAUUGUCACAGGCCCUCUCUCACCUUAUACGAUACAGUUCCUGAGGCAUCUCAAGGAUUUCUUCCAGGUCAUGUUCAAGAUGGAGGUCUUGCCUAGUGAUGUGGAUGAAGACGGGUCCAGGAGGUCGGGAGGAGACAAGGUGCUCCUCACUUGCAUUGGAGCAGGUUUCACAAACCUUAGUAAAACUAUCAUGUGAUUACGAAGAGGAUGAACUAGAUAAUGAUGUGGCUGAUGAUGGAGAUUGGUGCUCAAACUCGUUGAAGGCAAAAGCAGAGAUAAGAUGCAUUAUGUCUAGUAGAGGGUUCCAAGACCUCAGAGAAGGUGAUCCAAGGCCAAGACAAGGACCGUGAUAUUGGUCUUAUCGAGAGCUUCUGUCUGAAGUUCUAGACCCAAAGAGAGUGUUCCAAAGCAAAAACAAGGUCUGUUAUAUCUAGUUGAGAGUUCCAAGACCUCAAAGUAAGUGCUUCAAGGCCAAGCCGAGUCCAUAGCGGUCUCAUCAACAGCUGCUAUCUGAAGUUCCACAACCCUAGAGCAAAGAUAAGAUCUGUAAUGUAGUAGAGGGUUCCAAGACCUCUAAAAAAAGUGCCUCAAAGUCAAGACAAAGUCCAUAGUUGUCUUGUUGAAAACUAAUAUCUGGAGUUCCAAGAUCUCAGGGAGAGUGCUUAAAGGCCAUGAUUUGAGCUGUAGUAUUCUUGUAGAGAGCUACGUGUACUGCCUGCAGAGGUUAUGCAGAAUUUCCUUAUAGGCUCACUUCAUGAACACAUUGGGGGUUUGCAAUUGAUCCACUUAGUCACUUCUAUGGAA